AUGCGCUACAUCCACAGUGAGGAGACCCUCGAGGUCCCGGAGAACGUCAAGGUCUCGAUCAAGUCGAGGCUCGUCUCGGUCGAAGGCCCCCGCGGGAAGCUUUCCAAGGACCUGAGCCACAUCGCGGUCAGCUUCUCGAGCCCGAAGAAGAACCUCAUUGGCAUCGAGAUCCAUCAUGGCGUCCGCAAGAACGUUGCCGCGCUCCGCACCGUCCGGACCAUCAUCAACAACCUCAUUAUCGGUGUGACCAAGGGCUUCAAGUACAAGAUGCGCUACGUCUACGCCCAUUUUCCCAUCAACGUCAACCUGGACCAGAGCUCGGAGACCGGGCUUUGGGAGGUCGAGAUCCGCAACUUCGUUGGCGAGAAGAUCGUCCGGAGAGUCGUCAUGCAGAGCGGUGUCGACGUCGAGAUCUCGAAGGCGCAGAAGGAUGAGCUGGUCCUGACCGGCAACUCCCUCGAGGCCGUGUCGCAGAGCGCUGCGGACAUUCAGCAGAUCUGCCGGGUGCGGAACAAGGAUAUCCGGAAGUUCUUGGAUGGUCUUUACGUCUCGGAGAAGGGCAACGUGGAGGAGGACCAGUGA